ACCAGGAUGUGAGAAGGAAAGGUUCGUAGUGCCGGGUAUUUCGGUUGCGGGAUGUGCGGAGGUAGCCUGCAGUUUGACAGCUGACAGCAGAUACUAUAAUGGGAUAUAAUAUCCAAGCAUAUGUUUGGAGCUUGGACCCACUGUACUAAUCCUGAUAGAGUGACUCUGCCAGGGACAGAGAAGCUGGAUAAAGCCAAAGGAGAGGCCAGGUGACACUGAGCCAGGAUGAGUGAAGAAGGAGCGGACUGGCUUUUGUCGUCUUUGUACCAACUGAUAUCAUGGGGAGCAUCAGCUGCUAUGAUCUUUGGGGGAAUAGUGCCAUACAUACCCCAGUACAGAGACAUUGGAAGAACGCAGAAUGCAGAGGGCUUCUCAGUCUAUGUAUGUCUUAUGCUACUUGUGGCCAAUAUACUGCGAAUAUUGUUUUGGUUUGGACGCCAUUUUGAAUCCCCAUUACUAUGGCAGAGUAUCAUUAUGAUCGCCACCAUGCUACUGAUGCUGAAAUUGUGCACAGAAGUACGUGUUGCAAGUGAGAUAAGCACAAAACGACGUGUAUUUACAGCCUCAGAUAGUAAGGAUGAAGAAUUCAAAACUCAUCCCAAGAGGUGCUUUCUGGAUUUUGACAUGAACUUCUUCUGGCACUGGAGCAGAUUUACAGACUACAUGCAGUGUGUGCUGGCGUUCACUGCUGUUGUUGGAUAUAUCACCUAUCUAUCCCUAGACUCUGUGCUCUAUGUAGAGACACUGGGCUUUCUAGCAGUAUUCACAGAGGCUAUGCUUGGUGUUCCUCAGCUGUACCGAAAUCAUCAGAACAGCUCAACAGAAGGCAUGAGCAUCAAAAUGGUUCUGAUGUGGACCAGCGGAGACACAUUCAAGACUGCAUACUUUAUUUUGAAUCAAGCUCCUUUUCAGUUUACCAUCUGUGGCCUCCUGCAGGUCAUUGUAGACAUUACAAUCUUGCUGCAGGUGUAUUUGUACAGCAGAUAUCCUCAGAAGCCAGUAUCGCAUAUAACACAUGCAACCGGUGCCAAAGCUCUAUAAUGUGGAGAACAUGUACUGUGUAAUCGUGCGCUUCCCAGUCCUAGAACUACUUCUGCACCACGUACUGCAUAUGUGUAAAGCCUGUAUUCUAAAAGCAUGUUGGGGCAGAUAUAUAAAAACUGGAGUAAUAAAAUCUGGAGAAAAUUAAGCUCAGUUGCCCCCAGACACCAAUCUACUGUUGUUCCAACUUUUCUGUAGUAAGAAUUUAGGAAAGAACUAUGAUUGGUUGUUACAUGCAACUCUUUCACUCGUUCAUAAUUCCCUUGCCCUAAUUUUAUACGACAACUGCAUUUAGGUUUGCUUAAAAAGACAAAGGUUAUAGUUUAGCAAGCCUUAUCAACCAAUUAGAAUCAAUCUGUUGCUUGCACUACAGUAAAUCUGAUUUGUUGCUGUGAAUGAAUACAUUUUGCACAGUAUCUCUGCUCUUUGCAUGGCCUUAUUAAGUAAGCGUGUUCACAGUUAUACCUUUUAGUGCUUUUUGCUGUUUUAAGGGCCCUAUUUAUAAUGGUUAAAAAUAGUUAGUAGCUUCUUUUUAUCUUCAUGUUUUUCUUUUUAUGGGUUUCACAGUUUUAUAAAAACAUAUAUUAAGGAGGCAAUUCUUUAGUUCAGGGAUGUUUAUAUUACAUCAAUAUCUUUUUAUUAUUAUUAUUGAGGGGGGUCUCAUAUUUCCACAAAUUUGCCAAAUGGACAUUCCAAAAAAACAUACACUUCCGUUUUUAAGAUUUCAAUUGCCACAUUCCAUGUUUUUGCUUAUUUCCUAUCCUGUUUGCUGCUUUUACAAAUACCUAAGAAAUUGAUGUCAAAACCUACAAAACAUGAAGGGGCAAUUCUCGUAAAAUGUUAAUGUGUUCUUUUUUAUAAUGAAGUUCUUAACCUGACUUGUAGGUGUAUUUUUUGUGUGUGUGUGGGGGGGGGGGGGGGUUAAUUGCAAAUAUAUUCCUAAUGUAUGGCUGCCUGUACAUUAGUAGAAGUAUUCCUACAUGGUAUUUUUCAUUGGUAUGAAUCCGAGUCAGCCCGAUCCACGUAGUAGGUCAGAUAUUUAUAUAUUGUCAGUGUUAAUCUAUCAGAUUGCUCUCCACUUUCUCCUCUCUUUCAGGUAAUUGCUGUGCGAGAAGCCUGGAAGACUGUGCUAUGCAAUGUGCAUUACAUGAAUGGGGCUUUGGGCUCUUUCCUUUUCAUUUUCAUGACUGAUUGGACUUUAACCUUUGUGAAUUAAUAUUGGGUAAUUUUUCUCAAUUUUGUAUGUCUAAAGCCAAAUCAAAGUUUUAAAGCUACAUUCCUAGAUAGGGAGAUCUCUCGAAAUUUACUUUUCUUUUAACUGAAAUAAUUGACAAUGAUGUGCCCUCUAAAGAUUAAGAGAAUUCUCUGCCUUAAUUUAUGAUGUGCAGUUAAAUUCUUUUUAAUCUGUCCUAUGUGUAUUGAUGGACAUUGCUUGGAUUUUUUUCUAACCUAUAUUUUUGCCAUUUUAUAGACCAAUGUUACAUUUCAUGUAUGCUUCAAUGCCACCCAAAGUAAUCUUUAAGAAAUUUGAUCAUAGAGAAUUUUAUGAAUGAUUUACUAAAGUUGGAGAGUGCAAAAUCAGGUGCAGCUCUGCAUAGAAAUCUAUCUGCUUCCAGAUUUGUUGGCAGUGCUUAAUUAAACAAGCUACAGUUAGAAGCUGAUUGGGUAUCAUACACAGCUGUACUCUCCACUUGUAGUAAAGUUUUACUUAUCUAUGGAGUUCUAAGAAAUGCUUCAGUACUGGUGGCCAUACUGGUGGCCAUUAACUUUACAUAGAUUCAGCAUGUCUGUGGAAGAGCCUGCCCUGGGACCAUUGCAUCUGGGCUCUGGAAGUUGGUACAACUUACCUACACAGGUUAGAUAUUAAAGAAAGUUGCAAACGUCUAUGAUUUCCCA